UCAGUGAUUUCUGAUGGUUGUUUUGAAGUGGUUGUCCGGUCCACUUCCACUGAUCGUAAAUUUAUAUAAAACUUGGUACUUUGUGCUAUAUGCCUAUGUUUUAUAAUAUCAUAGUUGUAUGUAUGGUGGUUACAAGUGCCUACAAUUCAAAAUUGGUUAACGAUAUAAUGUGCCUAUACUUUGAUUUUUGUUAUCCAUUUGGUUUGAAAUCGAUUUUAAUUAUUUUUUUAUAAGUUUCAACAUUGCAGCGUGUUCCUCUAGUAGUGUACCUACGUACCUAUUAUUAAUAACAAUAUUCUAUUAUUUUGAAUAUCAUAUACACGAUAUCAAUUACAAUUCACGAACCUAAGAAAAUACUGAAAAUAUCAAGUCGGUAAUUCAAAACUAAAUAAAUCAAAAUGGAUAAGAGACUAUACAACAUUAACCUGUUAGGCUUAUCCUUCUUGUUUCUUUUCGCUGCAUAUCAAACAAUAGGAAAUAUCGAAGAAACUUUACUGAAAAGUGUGCAAAAUGAGGAUCCUUCAUUUACCGGCGAUGGUUAUACUAGUUUGGCAAUUAGCUAUUUUGUAUUUGCAAUGGCUAAUUGGAUUUCCCCAUCAAUUGUCGAUUACACGGGAUGUAAGAUAGCUAUGAUUAUAGGAGCAAUUUGUUACACUAUGUUUUUAGUAUCAUUUCUCUGGCUGUCUUCAUUUUUACUGUAUCUUAUGUCUGCGGUACAAGGUUUCGGUGCUGCAAUUCUCUGGACAGGACAAGGAACAUACAUAACACUAAACUCUGAUUCAUCUACAAUGUCUAGAAACACGGGCAUAUUUUGGGCGCUAUCGAAUAUAAGUAUGGUUUUAGGAAAUACAUUUGUGUCUUCGGCACUUAACAAUAAAAACGAUUUCGAUGAACCAACCAGAAAAUUUAUCUACAUUGUGCUCAUAGCUUCAAGUGUAUUUGGUACAUUAUUAUUCUUACUUUUACGAUCUCCUGUGAACUCAGAUGGAACUAUGAAUGAACGAGUAGAAACUAUAGGUUCUAUUCAGGAAAUCAAAAAUACGAUGUCGCUUUUUUUAACCAAAGAAAUGCGUUUAUUAAAUAUAACAUUUUUUUUUACUGGUUUACAUUUGUCAUUCUAUGCUAGUGUCUAUAGUUCGAGUAUUGGAUUUACUAAAAGAAUGGGUUCCAAUAGUAAACAGCUUGUGGGAUUAUCUGGAAUAUUGAUUGGCGUUGGUGAAAUCCUAGGAGGUUUGAUAUUCAGUAUUUUGGGUCAAAAGUCUUCUGACAACAACACUAACUCGAAAGGAUUAAGUCAUUCAGCAGUAAUUGUAUUAGGUUUUAUCGUAAAUAUCGUUGCAUACGGUUUGAUAUUUAUAAAUUUACCGAACGACUCACCAUUUGGUGAUACAACUGCCAUAUCAUUUAUUGAUCCCAAUCAGCACCUAGCACUUUUCUGCAGUUUUCUUUUGGGUUUUGGCGACAGUUGCUUCAAUAUCCAACUUUACAAUAUUAUUGGACUAAGGUAUUCUGAAAAUAGUGCUCCACCCAUGGCCUUAUUCAAUUUCAUGCAGUCAAUAGCAGCUGCUGUAAGCUUUUACUAUAGCAAUUAUUUUGGAAUAUAUGUCCAACUAAUAUUAUUGAUGGCCUCAUUAACUAUGGCUACUUUGUCGUUCUUCAAUGUGGAUGAAUCUACUAAUAAACGAUAUUAUGAAGCAUUAUAAGAGUUAAAUAUUUGUCAAGUGAAAUCAUUUGACCCAUUGUACGUCAAGUUAUUCGUGUAUUAUUCCUUUCAUGAUUUGUAAAGUAAUAUAUGACUUAUAUAAUCUAUACUUAGCAAGUACCUAAUAAAAAAAAUCUCACAUUUGUCAUCCUAAAGAUUUAGGUAAUAUUUCAUAGAAUGAUUACCUAUAAUUUAUUAUAUUAAUAAAAUAAAAUAUGUUGAUAAAAUAAUAUGUUAUAGUGUUGUACCUACUAUAGAACAAUAUAUUAUAUAUAGAUACUUCAAAUUUCAAUGUUAUAUGACAGUUAAAUUAUCAUUUAGACUUAGUUUUAAAUUUUAUUAACAAUAGUACUUACCUAUAUAGUGUUUGUGUAGUAUAUGUACUGUAAAUAACUAGUCGUUUAAUUCUUCUUAAAAGUAACUAUGUUGACUAGUCAUUAAUAGAUAAAUUAAAUAUUAGGUUAAUAUAAGGAGCAAAAUAGUAUACAUUUUAUAAUAAAUUUAAAAUUGGAUGUUUUUAUUUAUAAGUUAAUAAUGUAUAAGUGUAUAACUAUUAAUAACUAUAUAUUAAAUCAAAGGUCUUAAAAAAAAUUGCAAUUAAUUUUUUUUUUUAUUUCUUUACAUUAAAAGUAGUUGGUUGUCUUAAAAGAGCGAAAUGAUUUUAAAUGCUAAUUUUAAAUUUUAUACAUUACAUGAACGCACUAAAAUACAAAGCACAACUGACAACUGUAGAACUGUACAAGAAUAAGAUCGUCUGUACAUUUUUCACUUAACUAUUUUUUACGAGACUUUUUUUCCGACUACCGUAUUAUGUUUGGGACUUGUAUAUGCAACACAUCGUACACAUUCUUAUCAAUGUCUGGCUAAGUCAAUAAUAAUAUUAUUACUGAUUAGUAUUAAGUGGCUAGUUAUAGACUUAUGGGUUUACAGACAUUUUGUAAUGUCCUACGCCUACUCUAUUGUCUAACUCGCGUCUCAUAGUUGAAUAGUUCAAACACGAGUGACACGACACACGUAAUUUACACAAAUACACAUUGUAUUAUAUCAUGGUUUUCAAAACUGAAAUAUAAUAAUAUGAUGUAGGUACCUAUGAGGAACUUGGAAGUCGAGCCAAUGUAUUGAACAUUUUUGAGAACUCAAUGAGAAGUUGAUUUUCUUUAAGACAAUUCUACGGAACAAGUAUACAUUAUUAAUAUUGCAAUUCAAGUUAUAAAACCUUAAUAUUAAAGUGAAUAUUAAAACUUAAAGGUAAGAAUAUUAUUGUGGGCACCUCAUGGGAUUUUAUUGAUUUAUUAAUUUAAUAGUGAGUUAUCGGUACAUUAUAUUGUCUGAUAUCAUUAUGUUAUACCUAUCAUUAUAUUAUAAUAUAUCUAAUUGUGUGUGUAGAAUUAUAUUUGUGUCCAAAGGGUUGUCAGCCAGUUAAGUCAUGAUAAAUAAUAAAUAACUAGGUAUGUUAAAUAAAUUAUAUUAGGUACUUAAAAUACCCAUAACUUGCUUUAAAAAUUAAAUAUAAAUAAAUAUACCUGUAAGGUUCUUUAGAAAAUAUUUUUACUAUAUGUUUAUUAAAGCUAACAUUACAAAAUUGGAUCUGCUCUACACAAAUUUAUUAAGUUGCUCAUAGGUCAGCGAGAAAACAAAUAAUGCACUGACAUAUUUUUAACAAAUUUUUAAUUUGUAGGUAAUAGAUUGCGCAACCACUGGAACCAGUAUCCAAUUUUAGUAGCACGGAGCAUUUGAACAUAUUUAAAUUUCAAAGAACACAUAACAAGUUUGGAAAUUCAGUGUUUUGACAGUUGGAUGUGAUUCAUUUUGUGACAUACCUGGUAACUCCAUGACACAAAAAACUAAAUAAAAUUCUAUUGAAGUAUGCAAUUAUAUGCAAAUUGUAAACAUGAAUUUAGGUACAAAAGUUGUACACCUUAAUACUAAUUCUUUUUAAAAAUAUAAUCAGUCGUCUUAAGGGGGUGGGUGGGGGGAAAACAAAGGGGACAAGUGCUCAAGGGCAUCCAUCAAUUUAGUGAGUGUCAUAAAAACAAAUGAUAAAAACAAAAAUUUGAAAUAAUUAUUUUUAAUUUUAUACUGUAAUACCGAAGAAGAGUGCCUAUCAAAUUGUUUAUAUUAUUAUACUAUUAACUAUUAAGUAUAAAAUUAUGUAAAUAAUGAAUUACAUAUAUACAUAAUUGCAUGCCUAUAAUAAUGUAUAAAUAUCAAUAUUACCAAAGGAUAGAAUAUUAUUGAUACAUUAUUAAUGAUGAUAUAAUAUGAUUACAAAUUAUAACUUUGUAGGUACUAUACCUUUAGAUUAUAAGUACCAUAUCAACCUACCAUAGAUUUGAUUUUAUAUUACGACAAAAUAUUCUCAUGUUUAUAAAUAUUAAAUAGUUUAAAAAAAUUCCAAAAUAUUUUGAACAUUUUAUUGAUUAGUUUAUUUUUUAGAGUUACACCAAAACACAAAAUUGAUUUUUUCAAUAACUGGAUUUGUGUAAAAAUCUCAGUUUUUCCUUAAUUGUUGGUUUAUUUUUCUUGAUGUUUUUCAAAAGUUCUGGGAAUUUUUUACUUUUGACCCUCUAAAUUAUUAACUAGAUUCUCUUUAAUACAAGAAACGAUGCUAGAAUAGUUGUUAAGCAUUUUUACUGCACCAAAAUGUGAUAACACAAAAAUAUAAUAAAAUAAUUAAAAACACAUCAUUGUAAAAUCAAUACAAUCAUCGCUCCACUCAGAAUUUAAAAUAGGUAUCUAAAAUACCUACUUAAUACUUAUAUUUCUUCUUUAACUGAUACUGUAAGUACAUCAUGCAUAUUUUAUUGUACCUAAAAUCUUUGUUAAUAAAUUGCCUCUGAAUUAUAUAUCUGAACUUGAACUGAUAUUAUUAUUUAAGCCUAAUAUCUAGAACCCGACAUUGUUAAAAGUUGUAUUUUAAUAAACAUUUUAUAGCUUAUUAUAA